AUGUCUGUUCAAGCUGCCUGGGAGGCCUGCUCGAAAACAGACACUCUCUUCAUUCUAGUAUGUAGUGUUUUCUGUUGGCUGAUUAUCCCGGCUGUGGGUCUCGCGUACUCAGGCUAUUCGACACGGUUCAAUAGCCUGGCUUCAUUCUACCCAGGCCUCCUAGCAGUAGCUGUCUGUUCUAUCCAAUGGUGGAUGCUCGGAUACUCGCUGGCCUACGGCGAGGGCAACCGUGUCUUCGGCGGAUUCAGUAAAAUCUUCCAUAUCGGCGUCCUCGCUGACCCGGUCGGAUCGAUCCCGGAGAUCCUGUUCUCCGAAUUCCAACUGAUCUUCUGUGCUACGGUCUGCGCAAUUGCCAUCGGCGGCGCCUGCGAGCGCGGAAGACUUCUUCCACUGAUUCCAUUCAUCUUCCUCUGGUGCACCUUCAUCUACGCGCCUCUAGCCCACAUGGUCUGGGCAGAGAACGGCUUCCUGGCGAAUCUCGGCGCGCUCGAUUUCGCCGGCGGCACACCAGUCCACAUCUGCAGCGGUGCAACAGCAACCGCCAUGAGCUUGUAUCUCUCCUACCCUCUCUUCCGCUCCAAACGAUCUCCGAUCCGCACACCCCGGCACCUCGUCCUCCACAAACCCCACAACACCCUGUGCCAGCUGCUCGCCCUCAUCGUCAUCUGGAACGCCUGGCUCGCCUUCGACGCCGGCACCACCCUCGCCCUCAACUUCAAAUCCGUCAUGGCCGCCUGCGUGACCAACCUCUGCGCCGCCUCGGGCGCCUUAACCUGGGCUAGCCUCACCUACUACGAGACCGGAAAAUGGAGCCUAGACAGCACCUUCCUCGGCGCGAUCGCAGGGCUCGUCCUCAUCACACCCAGCGCAGGAUUCAUCGACAUGACCACCGCCGUCGGGUUCGGGGUUCUCGGCGCCUCUCUCGGCCGGCAGGCACUGCGCAUCAAGUUCACCAAACGGGCUGCGCUGUGGCGGUGGGUCGACAACGGGGAUACAUUUGCCACACAUUGUCUCGGUGGGUUUCUGGGGACCAUUGUGACGGGGCUGUUUGCCAAACGGGAGGUUGCGGCCUAUGACGGGUCGACGAUUAUUAAAGGGGGUGUGGUGUUUGAUGGGAACUGGGGGCAGCUUGGGAUUCAAAUCGUGGAGGCUGUUAUUGGGUUUGUGUGGAGCUUUGGGGGGAGUUAUGCGCUGUAUGCUUUGGUGGAUUGUGUUCCUGGAUUUGAGGUGUUGGGGACGGAUGAGGAUGUUAUUGCGGGAAUGGAUGCGUCGCAGAUGGGGGAGUCAUUACAUGAUGCGCAGUGGGAGGGAGAGGAGGACUAUCAUCCUUUUGAGGGGGUUCGGCUUUAA